AUGGCAGCCGCUCUUCCGCCUGCAAAUGACGAAGAUGAAUGGUCUGACGUAUCAGGAGACGACUCCUUCGGGAGCAACAAGGCAUAUGUGCCUGAUGGAUCGCCAUCUUCGUCUUCUUGCGACUCUGAUUGUGAAGUUGAGCAGCGGCCACGCAAAAAUGUUCAUGAUCCUACUUCCACAACUCCCGAGACUGCUAAACAGAGCAAGCAGAAGGGAACGAAGUCUGGAACUUCGUCCAAAGAGCCUUCACAAGAGCCGGAUCAAGAGCAGUCCAAAGACCCGUCCCAAGACUCAUCCCUCCCUGGCAAGGAGGAUGGUGAUGAAGAGAUGAGCGAGGACGCGAACCCCAUUGGAGGUGUCAAAGCCUAUUCAAGGACACGGGGCAAGAAGAAAGAUGGCUGCAGUUGGGCGUGCAUGAUUCCCGUCUGUGAGAGUAUGUCCCUUCCAAAGCACAUGCGUCGUCACUACGAGAAGGCCCAUGGCUUCUCAGAAGAAGCCUCCGUCGGCAUGAAUAGGCUGCACCGACGAGUAGACAACAUCCACAAGAUAAAAGAAACAGCUCCCACACUAAAUGUGCGCCAAAUCGUCAGGAGAGUGAAGGAAAUUACUGACUCAUCUGCCGUGGAAGUAAGCAUCGACAAGCGUCAAGGAGACUCGUCACCCUCGUCACUCGACAUAUCGGUUGCUAAUCAUUCAGAUGAGUCCUCAUUAUCAUCGGUCAUGGAAGUGACAGUUGCUGCAUCAUCAGGACCUGUCCUGGAGAAUCGUCAAGAAGAAUCAUCCUCUUCACUUGAUAUAUCUUUUGAUAACCCUUCCGAGAACUCGGCAUCGUCCAUUGACGUUACUGUUGACGAGGAUCGUAUGGCUGCUGCAGUGCAGGACAACAACAGUUCCGAAGCUGCCCGGGGUCCUGAUUCGCCAUCAAUGUCGUCAUACUCGUAUGAAGAUGAGCCGCCUUGCUCAGCUAGGGACCUAUCGAACGCCCGCAAGCUGAUGCAUAAGAAAACGCGACCUUCGGCAGAGGGAGGCCCUAAGGAAACGCUUCAUAACAAAGUGGAGGAGCUCAAG